GAUGGCUAUGGCAAACAAUUUGAUGUAUUCAUCUUUCUCAUUUCUUUAGGGUGAAGCCUUUGAUUGGUACUUGGGUAUCGGCGAUGGUGCAUUUACUACAACUCCAGAACCAAGAGAGUGGCCAGUUGAUCCUGCACCUCCUCCUGAUAGAAUCUUGUCAGCUCUACUUGCCAACCAAGGAUUUAACUCAGGCAGAAUCAUCAAGGGUGGUGGAACAUUCUUAUAAGUCGAAGGAUCUGUCAAUUUAAUCUAAGAAAAUGAAGAAUGAUAUAAACAAUCAUAAAUUAUUAUUAUUAUUNUGUUCAAAAUGAUGCUGAUGCUUUGAUAUAUGCUAAAGAUGACCAACCAGCAUUGGAUGUUGAAUUCACAUAAGCUAAUUUCCCAGGAUCUGACAUUGAAGCCAUUUAUGAAUAUGGUAUUGGUUUAUGGACUAGAUGGUUGAUGAACUAUCCAUUCAUUUUGUUAGAAAAAGCUGAAUCUCACUCCAUAUUUAGAUUCACAACAAAUGCUUAAUAUGAAGAUGCUAAUAAGAAUGGAGACAGAACAGUAUCAGCAUUUGUAGGAAGAGGAGAAUAUAAGUUCAGUACUUAUGAUGCAGUUCUUGAUAAGAAUGAUAUCACAACAGGAACUAAGUUUGAUAAGGAAUUAGAAGGAUAUUGGAAUUUCGUCUAUUUCUGCUACAAGAGAAUUCCAACUGGACCAAAGGGUAUUGGAUAUGUGUAUCUUACUCAUUAAAAUGUUGUUAAGAGAGUCGAAAUUGAUAGUGCCAAACAUUGGUUGUUGAGAGAUUAUGCCAGACUCGUUAUUGGAAAGAAAGAAUUUGGACAUUCAGCCUUCUAAGGUAAAUUGUUUGAUCCAAGAGCAUUUUUGGGCAAGAACAGUUACAUUGAUUCAAGCGAAGAUUUACUCAAUGUUAUUGUACCUAAAUUCAGACCUUAUCCACCAUACAAAGAUAAAUAAGAUAACGAACCAGUCUAAGUAGAGAAAGCUAAGAUGACUUAAAGAGUGUUCAAAUCAUAUGAAGAGAAGUACAGUGGUGUCUUUGAAUACAGUGUUUAUGGAUUUGCUAAGGGUAAUAAAUUAAAGAAUGUCACUGAUUGGACUUCACUUGUCAGAGUCACAUAAAAUACUCCAGAUAUCUAAGCUGAUAAUGACAAUGCUGGAGAUAGAACUCUUUCCAUCUUCAUUGAUAAAGGUGUCUGGUAUUUCAGUACUUAUGAUUAUGGAGAUAUUGAAACUGCAGAUGAUGAUGUUGGUUCAAGUAAUUAUUUAUAUUUAUAUCUUUAGUCGACAAGAAAUUUGAAAUUGGUAAAUAUUGGGGUAAAUGGACAUACUUCUACUUUGGAUAUUCCUUCCAUCUUAAAUAAGCUUAUGCAUACAUUCGUUAAAUCGAUCAAACAGCCAACUCAUACUUGUUCGAGGAGAUCUAUCACUUUGUACCAAAUUAUUUGAGCGUGUUCUUCUCUGAGGAUGGCUAUGGCAAACAAUUUGAUGUAUUUAACUUUCUCAUUUCUUUAGGGUGAAGCCUUUGAUUGGUAUUUGGGUAUCGGUGAUGGUGCAUUUACUACAACUCCAGAACCAAGAGAGUGGCCAGUUGAUCCAGCACCUCCUCCUGAUAGAAUCUUGUCAGCUCUACUCGCCAACCAAGGAUUUAACUCAGGUAGAAUCAUCAAGGGUGGUGGAACAUUCUUAUAAGUCGAAGGAUCUGUCAAUUUAAUCUAAGAAAAUGAAGAAUGAUAUAAAC